AUGACGGAGACUGACGAGAAGUUGGUUCAGAAAUAUGUUGUCAGUACGGACCGGAGUGGAGAUAUUCAUGUUCACGUUCAGGGUGACUUGAGCCAGCAAGAUAAAAGAUGUGUUUUCCUCACAGUUCAUGACCUUGGGACGAAUCAUACAUCAAUGGUUGACUUCGUGAAUUGUCCAGCUAUGACGGAAAUAAAGGAGCGAUCGUGUUUUAUUCACGUUGAUGUUCCGGGGCAUGAAGAAAACUCACCAGACCUACCAGAAUCGUACCCGUUUCCGUCACUGCAGACAUUAGGCGAGGAUAUGGUCACGGUUCUGGACUUCCUCCAAGUGCGUUAUGCUGUCGGCCUUGGUGAAGGGGCAGGGGCCAAUAUCCUGGCUCGCUGUGGACAAGCUCAUCCUAGACGCCUUCUAGGUCUGAUUCUGGUAAACUGCACGGGAUCAACGUCCUCUGUGGCUGACGCGUUCCGUUCGCGCUUCUCGCGCUGGCGCGGGACCGACAUAUCUCAGUCUGAGGAAGAUUUCCUCAUCUAUCAUAAGUUCGGACACGUGAGUUAUAUCCCACCAGAGAUCCCUCACUAUCGCUAUCAGCAAAUAUCAAGUGACGCCUGUGAGGCGGCCGAGAGGGAGAGAAUGCUUGCAGAAUACAGAUCUCGAUUGAGAGGGAAUCUCAAUACACACAAUAUCAAGCAGUAUGUGCGAGCGUUUAUACACCGCAAAGACCUGAUACUUCGAGGGUGUCGACCUGAUAUUCUCCUCAUAACUGGUAUGCUGAGUCCGUACAUGAGCGUCGUGGAAAAAAUGUACAAGGAAUUGGACAAAGAUAAAGUGACGAUUCUGAAGAUCGAGAAAGUUGGCGAUGUUCUUGCUGAAGCUCCAGCCAAGGUCGCCCAGUCCCUGCUCCUCUUCUGUCAAGGCCAAGGACUACUGACAUCCCUUCCCCCACCAGGAGUAGAGCGGCGGAUGUCUCGCGCCAUGUCUAUGGAGGAGUAUGAUAAGCCUAACAUUAGGCGGUUGUCGCUCACACCGAAUAUGUCAGAGUCUCCACCACCACGAAAAGUGUAG